UUCUUUCUGCCGACCAUGGUAGUGGGAGAGGUCUUCCUUUCGGCGUUCCUGCAAGUGCUGUUUGACCGACUGGCGUCGCCGGAGUUGCUCAACUUUGCUCGGCGAGAGGGGCUUGGAAAGAAGACGGACAUGUGGAGAAAAACAUUGAAAAGAAUUGAGGCGGUCCUUGAUCAUGCGAAUGAGAAGCAGAAUGUUGAGAGGGCAGUGAAAGAUCGGCUGGAUGAUCUCAGAGACUUGGCUUACGAUGUGGAAGAUAUACUCGAUGAGUUCGCCACAGAAGCUUUGCGCCGGAGAUUGACCGGAGGAAAUGAGGCCACCACAACUAAGGUACGGAAUCUCAUUUCUUGUACUUCGACACCUUUUAUGAUCAAAUAUAGGAUGGAGUCAAAGAUACAGGAGAUUGAUGCUCAAUUCAAACAUCUUGUGCAACAAAAAGUUGAACUAAAUUUGGGGGAAAAUGUUCGUAGGAGGUUUCCUGACACAAAACAGAGACUGGCCCCAACUUCUUUAGUGAAUGAAGCCCAUGUUUAUGGCAGGGAAAAAGAUAAAAAGGCUGUAAUUGAUAUGCUGCUGCUGACUGAAAAACAUUGUGAUGCUCAAGUGUCUGUGAUUCCUAUAAUUGGUAUGGGAGGGAUAGGAAAGACAAGUCUUGCCCAGCUUGUGUAUAAUGAUGAAAAAGUGCAAAGUUUUUUUGAUCUCAAAUCAUGGGUUUGUGUUUCUGAAGAUUUUGAUGCUGUUAGGGUGACAAAAACAGUUCUGAAGUCUAUCUCUGUGAGCAGUGAUGACAAUGAUCCGAAUUUGUUGCAAGUCAAACUAAAGGAGAGACUGAAAGGGAAAAAGUUUCUAGUCGUUCUGGAUGAUCUUUGGAAUGAGAACUAUCAGGAUUGGACUAUUUUACGUGCUCCUUUUGAAGCAGGGGCUCCAGGAAGUACGAUUCUCAUCACAACUCGCAAUAAGGGAGUUUCAUUAAAGACGGGUACCAUUCCAGCUUACUCUUUGAAAGUGUUGACAAAUGAUGUUUGUUUGUCUAUAUUGGCCCAUCAUGCAUUGGGGGCAAGAGACUUUAGUGGGCAUCUAAAACUCAAAGAUAUCGCUAAGGGGAUAGUUAGAAGGUGUAAAGGCUCCCCUUUGGCAGCGAAAGUACUCGGAGGCGUCCUACGCAAUAAAGUGGAUCGUGAUGAGUGGGAAGAUGUAUUGAAUAGCAAGAUUUGGGAUAUAGCAGAAGUAAAAAGUGAAAUUGCUCCUGCUCUUAUGUUGAGCUACCACCAUCUCCCUUCACAUUUAAAGAGGUGCUUUGGGUAUUGUUCAAUAUUUCCCAAGGAUUACGUAUUUAAGGAGAAGCAGUUAGUUCUAUUAUGGAUGGCAGAAGGUAUAAUUCAGCCACAAGAAGAAGGAAAACGAAUGGAAGAUUUGGGUAGCAAGUACUUUCAUGCUAUGGUAUCAAGGUCAUUUUUCCAACAAUCAAUGGAGGACGAAUCACUUUUUCUUAUGCAUGACCUCAUCAACGAUUUGGCUCAAUGUGUUGCAGGAGAUAUAUGCUUUCGAAUGGAAGAUAGAAUUGGGGGUAGUAAUGGAAGGAAAAUUCCUAAAAAGGCCCGGCAUGUGUCUUAUAUGGGUGGCAAAUAUGAUGGCACUGGAAGGUUUGAAGCUUUUCUUGAACUCAAAUGUUUACGAACCUUCCUACCUCUUAUGGUUCAAGAUCCAGGGUACUGUUACUUGGCUCAUAAUGUUCCUCUGAAAUUGUUGCCAAAAUUACAGAAGUUAAGGGUGUUCUCUUUAAGUGGAUACCGCAUAUUUGAUCUACCAGAAUCAAUAGGUGAUCUCAAGCAUCUACGGUUCCUCGACCUUUCAUGCACUACAAUCAAAAGCUUGCCUGAAUCAGUAACCACUCUCUACAAUUUGCAAAUAUUGAUAUUGGAGAAUUGCCUUUUUCUAAAGAAAUUACCUUCAAAGUUUGGAAGCCUAGUCAACUUGCGACAUCUCAACAUUCUAGGAGCAAAUGCAUUGGAAGGAAUGCCUCCAGAAAUAGGUAAAUUAACCUGUCUCCAAUCAUUGUCUAACCUAGUUGUAGGAAAAGGUAGUUGUUCUGGGGUAAAAGAGCUAGGGCCAUUGUUACAUCUUCGAGAGACACUUUGCAUUUCAGGAUUACAAAAUGUGAUUAAUCGUGAGGAUGCGAGGGACGCUAGGUUAAUUGAAAAAUGCAAUCUCCAUGGGUUGUCAUUGGAAUGGAGUGGCAACUUGGAUAAGUCACAAGAAAGAACAAGUGAAUUAGAGGUACUUAACAUGCUAGAGCCUCACAAGGGCUUGAAAGAGCUCACUAUCAAGCACUAUGGUGGUGCAGACCUUCCAACUUGGUUAAGAGGCCCUUCUUUUUCUAAUAUGGUGCUCUUGAGGAUUGAAUGCUGCGAGAAGUGCAGAUUAUUGCCACCAGUCGGACAACUACCAUCACUCAAAGAACUUUUUAUUGAUGGCAUGGCCAAUGUGAAAAAUAUUGGUUUUGAGUUUUGUGGGGAAUAUUGCUCUCAACCUUUUAAAUCCUUGAAGACUUUGUAUUUCAAGAAUAUGAAGGAAUGGGAGAAUUGGGUUCCUUGUGAAGAAUUCCCAAAACUGCGUAAGAUUUCUAUUACAAGAUGUCCUAAGCUAGUGGGUAAGUUACCAAACCACCUUCCUUUACUGGAAUAUAUUGAGAUAAAGAGAUGUAGGCAGUUGGUGCUCUCAAUUUCAAGCUUUCUGGAACUCUGCAAACUAGAAAUUGAGGGAUCAAAAGGGGUGGUGCGUAGAAGUAAGAUUGACUUCAACUUGCUAUGCUUCUCUUCUCUUUCAACAAUUUCAGAAUUCACAUGUAAAAUAGAAGGGUUUACCAAGGAAGGAUUAACAAACGUGGAAGAUUUAACUAUUGAAUGGUGUAAGGAGCUGACACCCUUGUGGUCAAGUGAGGUGGGAUUACUACAACAUCUGCCAUGUCUUGGUGUUCUGAAGAUUCGUCAUUGUAUCGACCUAAUUUCUUUGGCGGCAAAAGAAGUAGAAGAGCAGCUACAACUGGGUUUGCCAUCCAAAUUGAGAGCAAUUGAGAUAAGAAAUUGCAAGGUAUUGGAAUCUUUACCCCAAGCAAUGAUGCACAGGAACAAGUAUCUUGAGGAUAUUCAUAUUUGUGAGUGUACUUCACUAACAUACUUUGCAAUAGGGCAACUACCUCCAACUCUAAAGCGGCUAAAGAUAGAAUAUUGUAAUAUGCUGAUUUUGGUGGAUGGGGAUGUCAUCAACAAUUGCGGGAGCAACACAUCUCUUGAGUACUUGGAAAUUGGUUGUUGUCAAUCCCUCAAAUACCUAACAUCAAGUGGGGAAUUACCUGCAACACUUAAAUACCUCCAAAUUUUCAAUUGUAACAAGCUGGAGUCGAUAGCGAAGAGCUUCCAUCACAACUCGUCUCUUGAAGUCAUUGAUAUUAGGAGUUGUGAAAACCUUAAAUCCUUACCUGAGGGCAUACAUAGCGUCAGCAAUCUAGAUCAGAUUUUUAUUAAUGGAUGUCCAACUCUUGUUUCCUUCUCGGAUGGAGGGUUGCUCUCUGCCAACUUGAGAGAACUUACAAUUUCCAAGUGUGAGAAAUUGCAGACUCUACCUAACUGCAUACACAACCUCUCCUCUCUUCAACUAUUGCAAAUACAGGACUGUUCAGGCAUUGUAUCCUUUCCAGAAGUAGGUUUUCCCACCAACCUAACAUCACUUUUUAUCCAUUAUAUGGUGUCGUUUAGUGAGGGCUUUUUUGAGUGGGGAUUGCACAGGCUUACCUCUCUUAAACAACUUGAAAUUGAUGGUGGCUCUUCACAUCUUGUGUCAUUUCCAGAGAUGAUGCUACCUGCCUCUCUAACCAGCCUCUCCAUUAAACACUUCCCGAAUUUGAAAUACCUGUCCUCCAAAGGCUUUCAAUUCCUCACCUCUCUUGAAAAAUUGAGUAUUGGUCGAUGCGAAAAGCUCACAUCCUUUCCAGCGGAAGGCCUGCCUCCCUCACUCCUUCAACUUUAUAUCAUCGGUUGUCCUCUGCUUAAAGAACGUUGCAAGAAAGAUCAAGGACGAGAGUCGUUCCAGAUAGCCCACAUCCCUUACGUUCAGAUUGAUGGGAGGUUCAUAUUAUGACCUAGAAGAGCAGAAUCAGUGUCUCUCAAUUUUAUUUAGAUGCAAGACAAGUAUCAAGAAAUGUAUUCAAAGAUUUGGCGAAGCGGCGAAGCGUUGGGACCCUUUGGAGA